AUGUCAUCGAAGACAAAUGGAGAAGAAUUUAAAGAACAACUUGAAGAUAUAAUAAAAUGUCCAAUAUGUCUGGACAAUUUUAAUAAACCCUCAUUAUGCAAUGUUAAAUGUUGUAAUUGUAAUGAGCAUACAGCUAAAGUCUGGUGUAGAGAUUGUCUGAACAAAGGAUUUUGCCGAGAAUGUUAUGAAACAUUACAUAAAUUGCCUGCACUUGCGGAUCAUCGACCAGGUGAAUCGAAACCACCCAAAAUAAUCCAUUGUUCGGAACAUCCGACAAAAGAAGCAGAAUUUUGGUGUGAAGAAGACAAGACACUCUAUUGUUCGGGCUGUUUAAUUGAAAAACAUCAACAACAUAAAUGUGAAUUGAUCGGCGAUGCUGUCAAAAAGGUGAUACAUAAAAUUAAAGAGGAUUUUACUAAACAUCCUUUAUCAGUAAGUCCUGAGAUUGAAUUAAAACAGAUACUCACAGAAUAUGAAGAACAAUCAAAGGUAAAAAAAUUAAGUAUUGCAGAAAUAUUUGCAUCCAUACGUCGAAUGAUUGAUGAUCGAGAAAAAUUAAUAAAUGAAAAUCUAUCAGAUGUUGACGUUCAGAAUAAGAAAAAAAUUGAAGAAUAUCAAAUCGAAUGGAUGCAGAAAUGGAGAAACUUUCGAGAAUGGCGACUACUAUUCAAACAAAGAGUUACAACUGCAGAUUAUGUAACGAUAUUGCAACAUCGAGAUAACUAUCAACUAUAUUUUUCGACGGCGAAUGAAGACUGGACUAAUCUAAGACCUCCUAUACUAAGCGAGUAUAAUGUUGAAGGAGUCAGUCAAGUUCACGCGGCAGUAAAACAAGCAUUAGAAAACAUACGAGUAGUGGAACAAUCACCAUAUCAAAAUCCUCAGCUAGAAGAACUCAUCUCGAAUCAGAAAAACAACUCGACCCUCAAUUUGAAUAAUCAUGGAUUAAAUGACUUCGACACGAUAAUUAUUGCUAGAGCAUUACGAAUUAAUAUGAAAGUCACCACACUAUAUCUUGGCAACAAUCAAAUCACAGCUGUAGGAGCAGCACGCAUUGCAGAUUCUCUACGAUAUAUCAAGAUUCUCACUAAACUAGAUCUUUGGAGUAAUCAAAUUGGAACAAUUGGAGCGCAACAUAUUGCUGAUAUUCUACGAAAUAAUAAGACACUGAUGGAAUUAGGUCUAAACGCAAAUCAGAUUGAUAACAAAGGAGCGCAAUAUUUUGCUGAUAUUCUACGUCAGAACAAAACACUCGCCAUAUUACAUCUUGCCGAUAAUCAAAUUGGAGAUGAGGGUGCACAAAGUCUCGUUGAUAUGUUGAAGAGUAAUACGACAUUAAAAGAGUUAUACAUUCUCAAGAACAAGGAAAUUUCAGCAAAUGUUCGAACACAAUUGAAAAAUCAGGACAAUAGAUUACGUUGA